UAGCAACGGUGAUGAGAUACACGCAUUUAUCCAUGGGCUAGCUAGCGACCUCUCCAAGGCUGUGGAUAUCUACGACCUGAAUUACUUCGUAAUUCAGGAUAUCGUCGAAGCGCUCCCUGAGCUGCUGAGAGCUUUUGCGCUGAGUCUAGGCCAAGCAUCCACCAAUCAAACCCAGCGUGAUAUCAUGGUUUUGAUUUACCAACAUCGACGGUUAGUCUUCGCGAAGAAGCAGUAAUCUACUUGCGGCUGACCUUUGUGCCGCGUCAUCAGAAAGAUUGCAUCGAUGUUUGAGCAAGCUCUCCUCGCGCGCGGUAGUGGAUCUAUGGAACAGCAAUCAGAUAAAGCGAUGUCUGUGGACGAUAAAUUAUGGCCUUGGGGGCGAAGAAACGACGGGUCCUCACACUGCAUGACCCUUCCUCAUCGUGAAAUCGCGGAUUGCCACAGAGGCUGCCUGAGGCAGACUGAAACCACCACGUCUUGUGCAGACACAGCCGCCCAGAACAACAGUUCCGAGGCUCGCAGCGAUUAUUCGCAACUGCAGAACUAUUGGCUCUUAAUUCACAGGAGUCCUGCUUAUGCACUCCUGUUGAAAAGGAUUCAACGCGAACGUAUAAUCGCUCUGCCUGAACUAAGUUCGGGAGCCGGGAUCCGCAAAAAGAUUCUUGGAGCUCUGCCUAAGACUCCACGUAUCAGUAGAAAAGCUACGAGUCAGACGUUCAAUGUUGCACUAAAAGCGAACUGGGACCCAAUCAUGUUCAUCGAGGAGCAGCGGUAUGAAGAGGCAACAGAUUACGCAUUUGAAAGAAUCAUUACAACUACGGGCUGCCUCUCGUCAGUACAAGCCUUGACCACUAGGGACUAUAUGGACCAAACCUGGCCCUCUACUGGCAGGGACGUGUUGUGUCUGGUAAAAGCAGUUGUCACUAGGGGGGCCAAGGAAUCUGUGACCCUUGCGGAUGGUACUCGAGUCACUUGUGCGCGAAGUACAUUUUCAAGUGAAAGGUCCUCGCGCCAAAUGCUCUUCGAGAUUUUGGGAACAGGACCCGCCAUUGCAGAGAUUGGCGAGCAGGUGGCAUGGAUGGCUUCUGCGUUGCGGACUUCUCCUUCACAAGGGACGGUCACAUAUAGCAAGCCCAUUAUUCAUGUCUCCAGGCUGCAGCACAACGAUCACAGUCCACACUCGGCUUUCGUAUUUGAGCUCACAGUUGAGCUCACGGAGCAUAUGGAGAACAGGAAAGACAUCAACGGGGAGUGCUGGCACAGAAUGAUGGCAAGCCCAGUGGUAGUGGAGGGUUUCCCAAUACGUCGGCGACCACCGCACAUGUUUGAGGGCCUCGAAAUACCGCUGGGAAUGCUGGCUCAGCUGGUUGACACGACACGAGCAUCUGAGUUUGAUGAUAAGACACUCUUGAAGGGAUUCACCAGCAUGGCGAUUGCGACUAGCUAUUCCCGGAAUAUUGUCUUAUGGCAUUUUAUUCAGGAGGAAUACGGGGGCCGAAUGUCUCAUUUACGCAGCGAAGAGUGGCCAGGUCUCUCCGUCGCAGUCCGAGACUUGAGGACAGCUCGGCAUGUAGUAGGUUGGUGUCCAGAGAUAAAGCUAUUCGCAGGUCUGUAUUCUAAUUCCCUGUCUAUGACUACGAGAAUUUUGACGGUUGACACUGACGCUCUGGCUCUAGGUCAACGAGGUGCGAGCUAUAGCAUUGGCCAUACAGGAUUACCACACACUACUGAGGAGACAGAGCUGUUCAGUACCUCCACGCUCUCUGCAGGCCCAAUUCUUGCAGACGGCAUACGACCUGUCAUGGGUCAAAGAGACAUCAGGGCACCGCGUUCGUCAUUCAUCAAGAAGAUGAAAUGGCUCUUCCAAAAAUAUGUUGUUCUAUGGGAUGAAACGGAUCAAAGAGGAUGGCUGGUCAACGGAGCUAGCGCUCUGCUACAUCUUGUUCGAGCAUCAAUCUAUGAAGACCGCCGUGAGAGUGCACUUGAGCCUGCUCGGCGUUUGCAUGAGGACCAGUUACACGAAGCCAAACAGCCAUAUCAAUGGGACUCGGCGUUCCAACUCUUAGUCCAUCCGAUCAAUCGCAAGAUACACAUCUCCGGCAGCGGAGAGAAUUUGAUUACCUUUCAAAACCGUGCUGAAGACUAUUUUACCUUACUGGAACAGGCAAUAGACAUUCGGCUUAGAGCUGCCAAACGGCACAACCCGGCUGGCAUACAGCCUAGGUCGUUGCUGGACGGGUGGGAUAUCCGGGACCUCAUUAGGGAGAACGAUCGUAUCCACCUACGGCAGACAGUCCUACCAUAUGAGGGCCGAUCCUGGGUGGACCUGACUCGAUCAAUCUAUGCAGUCACGUUAUUUGGUCGGGGCUUCGGUGACAUCAUACAACCUGCGAAUUGGCCACAACCAUUUGCAAGAUGGGACACGGUCCCAACCGGCAGGUUCUAUCUCACCGCUAGCGCUCGUGAUAUUAAAAAUAUAGCGGAAGUGAACGGUGAUCCGGACUCGAAUCCUGUAAGAUUGACCCGUGACCUUCUUUGGUGCUCGACGAAGGCCAGCAACACGCACCGUUCGCAAGACGUCAGAGGGAGACUUAAGAGCACGGAGCAUGUCGAUAUGCUUGUACCUGUGGCGAUGCUGAACGAAGCUCAAGAUAUGACCGUGGCCCCUGAUUGGGACGUAGGGGCUAUGGUUUUUGGGUUUAAUCCGGACGAUGCAUGGUAUUGGGGCGACUACGGAUAUCCAACUCGGUCCAAGCCUGUCGUUCCGGGAAUCGUGGGACCAAAUCAAUCCAAAGGCAGCCCCGGUGAUAAUCGAAAUUCAUCGAUCCAUACCGGUGCAAGCCGUUCUUCAGGAUACGAGGUGUCUCAGACGCUGGAGCAAGGGUUCCUCAACAUGCGAAACUCGGCAGCUGGCCAGUCGAAACACGCUCUCCAUGAGCCGUCCAAGAGACAGCCGGCAAUUGCUCACUACACCGUUGGAAUUAUUUGUGGCUUACGACAUGAGCUGAUGGCAGUCCGUGUUCUUUUCGACGAGGUCUUCGAGUCCGUCACGGUGACAGCCGGGGACCCCAACCAAUACGUCCUGGGCCGUAUAGCAGAACACAACGUGAUCGGCGUUUGCCUACAGCACGGCUCAGAUGGCACCGUCUCGGCGCUGACCAGUGUCAAUUACAUGAAGUGCAGCUUUCCCAGGAUACGCUUUUGUCUCUUGGUCGGUAUGGGCGCAGGAACACCCUGCGACGCGCACGACAUCCGGCUAGGCGAUGUCGUCGUCAGCGACCCCCGCAGCGCGUACUCGGGAGUCCUACCGUAUGACAUCGCCCAGACGCCCGAAAGUGGGCCGUUCAGGCUCAACGGAUCCCUCCUCCCGCCGCCCACUGACCUUACCGAAGCAAUCAGCGCCCUCGAAUUGAACCCGGAGCCUGCCACCGCCUCCGUCGACCGCCACCUCCGCCAGAUCGAGCUCCUCAAACUCCAAUACCAACACCCCGACCCCGAACCUGACCGUCUCUUCCACGGCUUUUACCCUCACGCCCUCCCCGGCGACACCGACUGCCACCGCUGCUGGUCGAUGUUCGAGCUCCGCCGCCCGCCUCGCCCCACCCUCCAGCCCCGCAUCCACUACGGCCUCGUCGCCUCCAGCACCGCGGUCCCGCCCGCGGGCUACCACCGCGAUAUCCUCACCAAAGCGCAUAACAUCCUGUGCUUUGAGACGGAAGCCGCCGGCAUCGUCGAUUUCUUUCCGUGUGUGCUGAUCCGCGGGAUCUGCGAUUACGGCGACACGCACCGGAACAACCGGUGGCAACACUACGCGGCUGCGACGGCGGCAGCGUACGCGAAGGUGCUGCUGACUAGUGUGCGAGGUGCUGACGUAUAUGAGUACGGACAUGGGUAUCCGUCUAGGGCCGGGUUCGAGAUUGGUGGCAGGGACCUGGUGGAGCGGAAGAGGCGGCGGGAGUCGCCUGGUUCCGGGGCGGGGGUGGGCUCGUCGAAGCGUCCCGGUAUGCUCUAUGGGGCGUGAUCAUUUUCUUCCA